GCCCAAUCCAAGCUUCGGGCCCGAGAUUCUCGAUAUCAUUCGGGGGACGCAGAGCCCAAUAGUGCCUUGGCCAUCAUGGCCCGCAUUGUGGUCAUUCGCGAUAGAGGGGGUGAACGUCGCAAUUCGGGCCGUUCGUUGGGCAACAGGGGUUCUUUCUAUCUUGCUCCCGUUAGAAAGCGGGGAACCAGCCCGAGCUUCGGCCAAGUAGCGACCUGCGUACGGAAUAUCCCCGGCUGGCUGUGGAUCAACGGCCAACCUGCUGAGGCCAUGAUCUCGUGA